AACAGCCUAGGAGACGAACGCCUUGAGGAUAUGACGGUGCGGAGUGUUGCUGGCAGAGGGCCACUUGAAGGCUGCUAUCCUUUCAGCGUGUGUGGUGGGACAUCAACUAAAGGCUGCAGCAUCCCCGCCUCCGAAGGUCUGGUUAUUCCGCUGCCAUAGUGUCUGCGAAGGACUCACCGGUCAUCAUACGAGCGCGACGUCCAAUGUGACAUCCUUGAACGUUAACCAACCCUUGGCGAUGUGCUGUGCUACGAAGGACAAUACAGCCAUGCAGAUGUGUGGGACGGAUAAUACCGCUGAUCAAGGUACAUAUCAACUGCAGGGGUCGUCUGAAGCAUUAAUAGCCCGCGAUGGGAGCAUGAUACACAUAGCUACACAAUCUUGGAUCUUCCUCUCAAUUGAUCGUACUGUCAGUAGCCAAGAUGGGCAACAGCAGUGAAUCCCUUGUGCAGGUCCUUGUGGGCCUGGGAUUGGCGUAUACUCUUGUCACUGUCAUUCGAUUCUCACUACAAUCACUACCGCCGAAGAACUACCCUCCAGGUCCGCCGUCGUUGCCUUUCGUUGGUAACGUGCGACACAUUGCCUCGAACAAACUCCACAUCAAGUUCACAGAAUGGCGCAAGACCUACGGUGACAUCAUCGGGCUUAAGGCCGGACCUACCAAUCUUGUCAUCCUCAACGGUGCUGAAGUCGCGCGAGAACUAUUCGAGAAGCGAGGGGCCAUCUACUCUGGCCGACCCACUGACUACAUCUUCCGUGAUCACAUCAUCCAGGACACAACGCAUAUCUUGUCUCUGCAGAACGACUCGAACUUGAAGCUGUUUCGCUCUGCAAUCAAGGUUCUCCUUGGCCCCGCCGGGUGUGAACAAGCCCUCCCUCUGCAAGACGCCGGAGCAGCUUACUUUGCGUACAAUCUUGUCACGGCGCCAGAAACGUUCCAGGACCACCUACACAACUGGGGCAUGGGAACACCACUGAGCGCAAUCUGUGGCCACCGGGGCGCGCAAAAGGACAAAGAAUUGAUCAAACUCUUUUACGAUAACCAGAAGGACUGGCUGGAGCUGCUCGACCCUGCAUUUGCACCGCCAGUCGACAUGUUCCCUUUGCUCAACUAUCUCCCAGAAUCUUGUUCAGCAUGGAGAGGGAAAGCCGCAAAAGUGCGCAAGAACCUGCAGUUCUUCUAUUAUAUGUUGUUGGAUUGCGCUCAAGCUGAGUUGGAGAAUGAUCGUGCUGGGAACAACGAAAAGCCUGGUGGUUUCUUGUCGCUGUUGGCAAGACUACUGCGAGAGCAAGACGGUAAAACCAAACUCGACAACCAUCAGCUUGCGUAUUUCGGCGGUGGCGUGCUCGAUGCUGCGGUCGACACUACAUACCUUACCGCUCUGACCUUUAUCAAAAUCCUGGGCGGUCUCCCCGAUGUUCUCAAACGCGCGCAGGAGGAAGUAGACAGCGUGUCUGUAGGAGGCCAGCCGCCCCGGGUUGAAGACCUGGAAAAGUUACCAUACUUGAAGGCGUGUUUCUUCGAAAUCCUCCGCUGGCGUCCGGUCGUCACUAUCAACCUGCCCCAUACCCUCGACGCUGACGAUACCUUCCGCGGCUACUUCCUCCCCAAAGGUACAGUCCUCCUACAGAACAUCUGGAGCGAUUCGCACGACCCGGCGCUCUACCCUUCCCCAGACACCUUCAAUCCGGAGCGCUACCUCGCUAACCCUUACGGCACUACACUACCUGCCGAAAAGUGUAAAGCCGAAGGCCGCAAGGUCUCAUACGCAUUUGGCAGCGGUCGCCGCUCGUGUCCUGGGAACGUCUUCGCACAGAAUGGUUUCAUAACUAUGGCUGCGAAGCUCGUCUGGGCUUUCGACGUAAAGCCAAAGGGCCAGCUGGAUCUGAGUGCCGAGACUGGGUUUCACACGGGCAUGCUGAUGGGAAGCGAGCCAUUCGAAGUCGAAUUCAUCCCGAGAAGUGAGAUGCAUCGACAAGCUAUAAUCGAUGGCUGUGAAAGGACGAAGGUGUGGCUGGACUAAGAUGUUUUUUUUGUAGUCAGGCUGCGGCAAUAUUGUGUGCGAGAAAAGUUCAUGCCGAGCACUUGUGUUCAGCGUGAACAGCGCUGUACACGUUGCUUGAAUGCCUUUCCUCGCAUUCGGAUGGUUAACUUUCCUGAACCGUUAAUCAAGAACGGGCUGAAAUUGUACCAAUCUACCCUGUAAGACGAUGUAGAGGAUUUGGGCUCUGCAGUGAAUACUGUCGCUCAGUCUGCUUGUUGGGACGUU